AUGGGAUUUGAAGAAUCAGAAGAGCAACUGCUCUCCAAGGUGGCCACUAAUGGCGGUCAUGGAGAGAAAUCGUCUUACUUUGAUGGUUGGAAGGCUCAUGACAGAGAUCCUUAUCAUCCUACUGAGAAUCCUGAGGGAGUAAUCCAAAUGGGUCUGGCUGAGAACAGGCUAAGCCAUGACUUGAUGGAAAAGUGGAUAAGGAAGAACCCGGCGGCCGCAUCCAUUUGCACAGAGGAGGGUAUUUCUCAGUUCAGAGCUGUCGCGAACUUUCAAGACUAUCAUGGCCUUCCAUUGUUUAGAGAAGGAGUAGCGAAGUUAAUGGAGAAAGUGAGAGGCGGGCGGGUCAAGUUCGACCCGGACCGAAUAGUGAUGAGCGGUGGAGCCACAGGUGCUCAAGAGACCCUUGCGUUUUGUCUUGCUAACCCCGGCGAUGCUUUUCUCAUUCCCGUUCCAUAUUAUCCGGCAUUCGACCGCGACUUCUGCUGGAGAACGCGCGCACGUCUGCUUCCCAUUCACUGCCACAGCUCCAACAACUUCAACAUCACAUCAUCCGCUUUAGAAGCCGCUUAUCUCAACGCGCAAAAAUCAAACAUCAGAGUCAAAGGCGUUCUGAUAACCAAUCCUUCCAAUCCUCUCGGCACAACAAUGGACGAACGUACCAUUCGCACCCUCCUGAGCUUCACCAACAACAAACGCAUCCAUCUCAUCUGCGACGAGAUCUUCAGCGGCACAGUCUUCAAGCCCCCGCACUUCAUCAGCCUCUCCGAAAUCGUCGAAUCCGACCCCGAAUUUGACCGCGAUCUGGUCCACGUCGUUUAUAGCCUGUCUAAAGACCUGGGUCUCCCCGGCUUCCGCGUCGGCGUCAUUUACUCUUACAACGAUGAGGUCGUCGCUUGCGCGCGCAAAAUGUCGAGCUUCGGCCUGGUGUCCUCGCAGACGCAGCAUCUGCUCGGCUCCAUGCUCGCCGAUGAGGAGUUCACGAGCAACUACUUGGCUGAGAAUGCGAGGAGACUUAAAGAGAGGCAUGGGGUGUUCACCGACGGGCUUCGGCGGGUCGGGAUACGGUGUUUGGAAGGGAAUGGAGGUUUGUUCUGUUGGAUGGAUUUGCGGUCGCUUCUUAAGAAGGCGACGCUGGAAGGAGAGCUGGAGCUAUGGAGGGUUAUUGUGAAUGAGGUUAAGUUAAAUGUGUCUCCCGGUUCAUCGUUUCAUUGCGCUGAACCAGGUUGGUUUAGGGUUUGUUUCGCUAAUAUGGAUGAUGAGACGACGGAGAGGGCGCUGAGGAGGAUAAGGUUGUUUGUGAAUGGAGAGAUUGAGGAGGUGGAGGAGAAGAAGGCCAAGAAGAAGAAGAAUAGGUUGGCUGAAGGAUUGAGAUUGAGCUUGCCGAGGAGGUUUGAGGAGGAGAUGGUUAUGACUCCGCGGCUUAUGACGUCGCCUCACUCGCCGCUUGUUCCGGCCACCAUUUGAUCUGCUUAAAGAACAGUGGAAACAGACUGAACUCCAUGAUUGAACGAGUAUUGUUUACCGAAUUUUUUUUUUUUUUUUAUGCAUUGGAUUAAGUUACAUGCAUAUAAAUAUAUACUUAGAAUAAUUAACAAAGG